AUGCCUCGAAACAAAAAUGAUGAUAUACGGGACGAAUAUACUAUAAGAAUCGAUGAAAGGGGUAAUGAACGUUACAAAUACAAGGCAUGCAAAAAGGAAUGGGUAAAGAAUUUAACUCAGUUGCAAGAACAUCUUAAUACAUAUGCUUUACGUAAUAAAAAGCAAAAGUUAAAUUCUGAUCUUAAAAAGCUUCGUGAUUUUUUAGAACCAUUUAUUGUUUUUAUACAUCAAUUAGAGGAUGACGAGCCAUAUCUCUCUUCUGCAUAUAAAAUAUUGCAGGAUUUAAAAUUUAAAAUUGUGGAUAAUACAAAAAUUCCACUAGAAUUUCGCAAUAAUAUGUCACAAGCAGCUAGAAAUCGAUGGGUAGUUGCAUAUACCCCUUGA